CACUUGGCUCUUCUGUGCUCCUUGGUCCUACCUGUUCCUCGGUCCAGCGCUGUCCUCACCGUCUUUUCUCCCCGGCAUCAGCACCUUUACUGUCGGGAGUCUCUGGUCAUCUCCUGUAUCAUGUCCGCAGUCUCUGGUCAUCCCCUCUAUCAUGUCCGUAGUCUCUGGUCAUCCCCUGUACCAUGUCCACAGUCUCUGAUCAUCUCCUGUACCAUAUCUGCAGUCUUUUGUCAUCCCCUGUACCAUGUCUUUAGUAUCUGGUCAUCUCCUGUAUCAUGUCCGCAGUCUCUGGUCUUCUCCUGUACUGUGUCCGCAGUCGCUGGUCAUCCACUGUACCGUGUCUGCAGUCUCUGGUCAUCCCCUGUACCGUGUCCUCAGUCUAUGGUCAUCCCCUGUGCCAUGUUUGCAGACUCUGGUCAUCCCCUGUACUGUGUCCGCAGUCUUUGGUCAUCCCCUAUACCAUGUCCGCAGUCUCUGGUCAUCUCCUGUACCAUGUCUGCAGUCUCUGGUCAUCUACUGUACCAUGUCUGCAGUCUCUGGUCAUCUCCUGUAGUAUGUCCACAGUCUCUGGUCAUCUCC